AUGAAAUAUCAAGAUAUGGUUAUAAAGAAGAAUGAUAUUGAAUUUGAGAAGUUAGCGCAAUGGAAAAAGUACUCGGACUACUUAAACAACUCAACUGUGAGAACCGAGAAGGAAAAACAGUGGUCAUCGAACAAGUACCUAAUAGAUAGUUCAAAGGAUUUCUUCAGAAAGAACAGCGAUCAUUCACAGAAAAGUUUGCAAGCUAGAAGAAAAAAGCUGCUUCAGCUGCUGGAAAAUGAUGCAGAAAAUGAAUGCAAUCUAUUAAAAGCAUACAGUGAAUGUUCCAAAUCCAAGUCAGCUAUGUUAAUUCGAUCCACUGCACUAAAGAAAGAACGUGAUUCAGAAAAAGCAAAGAUGGCUGAAACCCUUUUGAUGGAACAUUUCAAGAAAAAUAACUCGGAUGUGAGGGAUAUGUUGCGUGCAGCCGACCAAAAUGAUAUUGUUGAUCACUGGAAUAACCAACUAAAUGAGCGCAAUAAAUUAAAACAAUCCGAAGAUAUUGGUCAGAUCGUCAUGAAAGAAAUGGAAUCAGAUGUUAAAAUGUAUGAAGAUAAACAAAAUGCAGAAAUAGAACUAAAGCGUUUACAAGCUAAAGAAGAACAUUUGGCAUACCUUCAAAAACAAUUACGUGAAUUAAACAAUCGAGAAAAUGAAGCAAAACAAUUGGCUGAAAAAGAGAAAGAUUUAAUGAAAGAAUUAGCUAGAAUUGAUCAAUUAGAACAAGAACGAUAUAGAAUUGAAGAAAAAUGUAAACGUGAACUAUAUGGACGUGCUUUAUUACAUCAACAUCAAACAGCGUUACGUAAACGUUCAUUAUUUAUACAAAAUGAAUUAAAAGAUGAUUUAAAUUGGUUAAAUCAAUUAACUAAACAAGAAACUCUUGAUUAUGGCGCUGAUAUUGAACGUAAACAAAAGGAGAAAGAAAAUCUUUUAGCAAUACAAAAAUUAAUUGAAUAUGAAUUAGAAAAAGAACAAAUAAGAGAAUUAGAAUUGAAUGAAUUAGAAGUCUAUGAAGCAUCAAAAUUAUGGUCUAAACGUGAAGAGGAAUGGAGAAAUGAAACAGCCAAUAGACAAAAACUUUUACAUGAAGUUAUUGAAGAUCGUCGUAAACAAAUCUCAGAUCAACUAACUUCAAUUCAACAUCUUCAACAAGAAGAAUUAAUUUCCACUGAAGAAUUAUUAGAACAAAUUGAAACAAUGAAUAUAAAUAAUAAAUUUGAAGAAAUUAAACGUCAUCAUCAUAAUAUAGAACAAUCAACUGAAUUAACUAAUCAAAUCAUAGAAAAAACUAAAUUGAAUCAAUUAGCUAAAAAUGAAAUAGAUGCAGAUAAAGAAGCACAAAUGAAUACUGAAUUAGCCUAUGAAGAAAUGUUAAGAAAAGAAGCGGAAAAUUUAAAUUUAAAAGAGAAACAAUUAAAAAAUUUAAUGUUUUAUAAAACAAAUCAGGGUUAUUUAAAUAAAAAAAAUUAA